UCACUGAUCGGGCAAUGGCACCUCUUUCUGUGGCAAUGGCCUGAUGUGAUGUGAAGGAAAGGGAAAACAAAGUAACAGUGCUCUGUGUGAUGGGCUAGAAGUGUGCAGUGUCACUUACUUUUGAGUGUCUCUGUCGAAGUCUUUGGCGCCUAGAGGGAUGAGCUCAGUUCUCCAAGGUUUCGUCUGACAGACGUCAACGGGUUCUGCCCACCCGUUGACGUCUGUCAGACGGUGCAGGAGAAACAGAAUGGCGCCGACAUCGCGAGUGAUUGUGACAGGCAUCUAUACGGCACCAACACACACACACACACACACACACACACACAGAGUUGGAGAGAGAGAGCGGCUCCUGUUGUAUGCCGUGUGUGCCGCUGUAUCUGUGAGUAUGUCAUUUCGCCUGCCUGUCAUUCGACCAGCGCACCCGUACCGUUCCUUCACAAUGUGAACAUCUGCAUCGCCGUAGUUGCAGCAGCCUGCACACAGCCACGUGCGAGGAGAUGAAUCCUACACACUCACAUGAGGGUCUGGAUGCGUGUGGCUUGUGGCCUCUUACGUCGUAGUAUGCACAGUGACUGGAUGUGCGCCGGGGAUGUUGCCCAU